UAGAGCUUGUGGCCCACCUUCAACAGAAAUGGAGACAGAAAUUGCUCCACUUGUUAUAGACAACGGCUCCGGUUUUACCAAAGCCGGUUUUUCUGGAGAUGAUUUUCCCCGCGCUGUCUUCCCAUCGGCUGUUGGCCGCCCCAGGCUCCAGGGUCUGGCUGUGGGCAGUGGGGAGAGGGACAGCUUUGUAGGAAAUGAAGCCCUGAGUCACAGAGACACGCUGACCAUAAAGAAUCCCAUUGAUCGCGGCAUCGUCAUCAAUUGGGACGACAUGGAGAAGAUCUGGCAUCACACCUUCUACAACGAGCUUCAUGUUGAUCCUGCAAAGCAUCCAGUCCUGCUGACAGAGGCUCCACUCAACCCUAAACCAAACAAGGAGAAGAUGACCCAAGUCAUGUUUGAGACCUUCAGCUCUCCUGCCAUGUAUGUGGCCAUCCAGCCUGUCCUGUCCAUGUAUUCUUCUGGUCGUACCACCGGUAUUGUGAUGGGUUCUGGAGAGGGUAUCAGUCAUGCUGUGCCAAUUUAUGAAGGCUACGCUCUGCCUCAAGCCCUCCUCCGCCUGAAUCUGGGUGGUGUAGAUCUGACGGAUUACCUGAAGAAGAUCCUAAACGACAGAGGCUACAGUGUCGGUACCACUGGUCAGCGUGAGACCAUUAAUGAUAUCAAAGAGAAGCUCUGCUAUGUGGCAUCAGACUUUGAGCAGGAGAUGCAGACGGCAGCUUCUUCUCCUUCUCUGGAGAAGACCUAUGAGCUCCCUGAUGGACAAGUCAUUUCCAUUAGCAAUGAGAGGUUCCGCUGUCCAGAGGUGCUCUUCAAGCCUCAUUUGAUUGAAAUGGAGCCAGAUGGUGUUCAUGAAACCAUCUACAACAGCAUCAUGAAGUGUAACUUGGACGUUCGUAAGGACCUUUAUGCCAACAUUGUGCUGUCUGGAGGUUCCACCCUGUUCCCUGGAAUCACUGAUCGCUUGCAGAAGGAGAUCUCUCACCUUGCUACACCUUCCAUGAAAAUCCAGAUCAUCGCACCCCCUGAGAGAAGGUACUCUGUCUGGAACGGUGGAUCCAUCCUGGCCUCCCUCUCCUCCUUCCAGCAGAUGUGGAUCAGCAAACAGGAGUAUGAUGAGUCUGGACCUGGCAUUGUCCAUCGCAAGUGCUUCUAACCUUCUUCCAUACCUCUGCCUAGGCUGGACAAUAUGCUCUUCAUCUGCUCCAUCCAGCUGGGAGGCAUCUGGGUCAUUUUGUGUGAACAAGUAUAAAAAUAAUGUAUAAAAUCAGUGGUUUAAAAAUAAUUAAUUUAGCUGCUGUAAGCUGCAAGAAUCUUUCCCAAAGGAUCCUUGAAUCCAUCUAUAGGAACCUCCAUGCUGAUCAGAAAUGUUUAAGGCCGUCUCUGUAUUGGCUGAGCGUUAAUAUUAUUUUGGUCUUCUUCCUAUGGAUUAUCAUCUUAGAUCACUAAAAUGAAUGACAUGACUUAAACACUUGAUCUUUCAGUAAAAUCAUGUGUUUUAACCUGAGUUUCCUCAUCAUUCAUUGUUAAACAGCAUAGAAACAGGUUCAACGCUUCAUUGGCGUAAUCAGAGAGACCGUCUCUUCUUGGAGAAUCUAUGCUCAGACAGCCAGGGUCAGGCUGGGUACGGUCCCCUGAUAAAAAGCCCAAUAUAACCUCCAAACGAAAGAUUCAACAUAUUUUGGGACGAUUCUUCUCUGUGGUGGGACUCAUUUUCACUGUGAAGGUCCACAGUGUGUCACAGAGUGGGAGUGGGGGUGGAUACAUAAUCAAUUUUGCAGCCUUUGACCAGCUUGUGACUGAAUUAUUGAGAACAUUUAGAGUUUAUCAGAGAAGUUAAAACCUGAAUGAUUACAAUAAAAUUGAUUACUCAACUUUUUAUCUACAAACAACCUUUUCCCGAGAUAUAAUUUGAUAUCGUUUGACAUUGUUGUCCUAUAUAGAACCAUAGUCCUGGAGAAACAUCAUCUUAUUUCACCACAGAUCCACAGUCAUCACCAAAUAUCACCAAAAACUAAUCAUGAGCUAUAAAACCUUUCAUCGGUUUUUUUCAAAUUAAUCUUAAUUUCAUUCUAGUUACAUUUCUAACCCUUGCUUGUAAAUUCAACUCAUGGGUGUGUGAACUUUCAGGAUGUGUGGUACCUGGAGUUGGACUUGUUAAAUAAAUUUUUGUGCCUUGCUUUGUUUUCUAUUUGAUUCUCUGCAGGACCUGAUAAAAGUAUUCAAACCUC